AUGAUGAUGGAGCCGCACAGACGUCUCCUUAUCCUGCUCUGCCUGCUGCACGGACAAGACCUCCUCGCGGCUUUCAACAUCGACGCCAAGCGGCCUCAGGUGUUCCGCGGCCCGGAAGAGGCUCAGUUCGGCUACGCGGUCCUCCAGUAUGAAGCCGAGGGACAGAAAUGGGUGCUGGUCGGGGCCCCGUGGGACGGGCCGGACGGCAGCAGGCAGGGGGACGUCUAUCGAUGCAUGGUCGGCGCCCAGAGCAACUCCACCUGCGCUAAAGUCAACCUAGGUGAACAGGCUCUCCGCAACGUCUCCAAGCACAUGCAGAACAUGCAUUUCGGGAUGGCGCUGACCCAGGACGCACGUGGCGGCUUUGUGGCCUGCGCCCCGCUCUGGUCCCAGGAGUGCGGCUCCUCCAUGUACAGCACCGGGAUCUGUGCCAGCGUUGACGCCUCCUUCAGACCCACCGGGACCAUUGCACCGACCGCACAACGGUGCUCCACAUACCUGGACAUCGUCAUCCUCCUGGACGGAUCGAACAGUAUCUACCCCUGGUUUGAGGUGCAGAACUUCCUCAGCAACAUCCUCAGCAAGUUUUUCAUCGGUCCCGAUCAGAUCCAGGUAGGGGUCUUGCAAUAUGGAGAGAAGGCCGUGCACGAGUGGUCCCUGAAAGACUACACAACUUCUCGGGAGGUGAUAGAGGCCGCCAAGAAUAUCAGUCGCCAGGAAGGACGGGAGACCAGGACAGCAUUUGCCAUCCACAAAUCCUGCUCGGAAGCCUUCAGCCCUGAACGGGGUGGAAGAGAAGGCGCUACCAGGCUCCUCAUUGUCGUGACCGACGGAGAAUCGCAUGAUGGGGAAGAGCUGCCCAUCGCCUUGGCAGAAUGUGAAAAGCGUGACAUCACCCGCUACGCGAUUGCGGUCCUCGGAAAUUACAUGAGGAGGCAGCAGAACCCGGAUUCCUUCAUCAACGAAAUUAAAUACAUCGCCAGCGACCCGGAUGAAAAGUAUUUUUUCAACGUGACUGACGAGGCCGCGCUGAAUGACAUCGUGGACGCUUUGGGGGACCGGAUCUUCAGCUUAGAAGGGACUCACGGCUUGAACGAAAGCUCCUUCGAACUGGAGAUGUCACAAGUCGGCUUCUCGAUUCACGUCCUCGAGGACGGGAUUCUGUUCGGGAUGGUCGGAGCUUACAACUGGGAUGGGGCCGUGUUGAAGGAGUCCAAGGACAGCCAGGUUAUGUCUCCCCGCGCCACCCUUGAGAAGGAGUUUCCGGUCAAGAUGAAGAACCACGCCGCUUACCUUGGUUACACAGUUUCGUCCAUCACAUUGCGCAGCGGAAGAGUAUUGUACGUGGCUGGAGCCCCCAGGUUCAAACACAAAGGCAAGGUCAUCUUAUUUGAGAUGUCCCAGAGUGGAGACCUGACUAUCUCUCAGGCCCUGGUGGGGGAACAGAUUGGCUCAUACUUUGGCAGUGAAGUGUGCCCGGUUGAUGUCAAUAGAGAUGGGGUGACUGACGUCCUCCUGGUGGCCGCUCCCAUGUUUCUUGGACACCAUCACAAGGAAACUGGACGGGUUUAUAUCUACAGGGUGGGGCAGGCGCUUCUGACCCUGAACGGCACGCUCCACACUGACCGCAAACCGCAGGACUCCCGCUUUGGUUACGCCAUGGCCAGCGCCUCAGAUCUCAACCAGGAUGGGUUAGAUGAUGUGGUGGUGGGGGCCCCAUUGGAGGACAACCACCGGGGGGCAGUGUACAUCUACCAUGGACGAGGCAACACCAUCCUGCCAUCCUACAAGCAGAGAAUUGACUCCGCGUCCUUCCACCAUGGGCUCACCUACUUUGGUCGCAGCGUAAGCGCAAAGAUGGACUUGGAUGGAGAUGGCCUGGUGGACCUGACCAUCGGCAGCCAGGGAGCUGUGGUUGUCCUCAGGUCUCGUGGGAUCGUACGGGUCAAUGCCACCCUUCAAGUGAUCCCACCCUCCAUCAACAUGCUGCAGAAGAACUGCGUGCGGCAGGGCAAAGAGUCCGUCUGCCUCAACGUCACCGCCUGCUUCUCCGUCAGCUCCAAGUCAUCCAGAAAAUUGGACGUUCCUUUCGGUCUCCACUACAACCUCUCCCUGGAUGACCGCCGAGGGACCCCCCGUGCCGUCUUUGAUAAAAGUUUCCAGAGGCUCACCAGCGUGCGCGUCCGAAUCUCAACAGGGGUGGUGCUCUGCAUGAACGUCAGCUUCCACGUCAUCGACACGGCUGAUUAUCUGAAGCCGAUCGGAGUUCUCCUGCGAUUUAACCUGAGUGACUCGCAGAGCAGCCCAGUGUUGGAUGACAGGUGCCCUUCAUCAGUGAGAAGGCUAGUCCCGUUCUUCAAGGACUGCGGAGAGGAUGAUGAGUGUAUCACUGACCUCUCUCUGCGAGCUCGGUUGGACAUCGUUGGCACACGUGAUCAACCGCACAUCAUCCGUAGGGAUCAGAGGAAGGUGGCGGUGGAGGUGGAGUUGGAGAACCGGAGAGAGAAUUCUUACAACACCAGCAUGAAAGUUUGGUUCUCCCGAAAUCUGCUUUUCUCCAGCGUGUCUGGGAAGGGUGAAACUCUGAACAAGGUGGAGUGUACUGCGGUGUCCUCCAACUCCAGAUACUGCAGCAUCAGCUAUCCAGUUCAGUUCAUCCUGGAGUUCGAGUACAGCUGCGCCAUUCUCCUGAACCGCGUGCAGAUCAAGAUGUCAGCCAGCAGUGACAAUACAGAGAUGAAUGACACCCUGCAUGAUAACAGCGUGCAGCUCACCGCCAACGUCCGAUAUGAACCGGAAGUGUUUACCCUGAGUGAGUCCAGUCUGAACCGAUACGAGGUGCAGCCGAUCCUGAGGACGAGUCAGGACUCCGGGCCGGAGUUCAUCACGAAGUUUAAGGUUCAGUACGGGGACUGUUACCCUCUGCACAACGUCUCUGUGCACAUCCACACCCCGGCUAUGGGCUACGGGAGCUCAUACUUCAUGUCCGUCUCCAGGAUCAUCUCUGAGAACGUCACCUGCGUAUUAUCCAAUAACACGCGACCCGGAACAGCGCUGCUGCCCAUACACCCCGCGGACCUGCUACACACUCCCAUUGUGAACUGCAGUAACAGCCUAUGUGAGGUCAUCUCCUGCCAGAUCCCCACCCUCCCCCGCAACUCCGAGGUGUCGCUGUCCAUACUACGCAUCAUCCACAACCACUUCUUCACCAACGCCAAGUUCCGCUCUGUGAAAGUGAUCAGCGAGUUCAUCCUGAACGUCAGAGAGGACGGCGGCCUGUUCACCGACAACGCCCGGCACAGGACGCAGAGUGUCCUGGAGCUGCUGCACCCGGUCCUCCUGCCGCUGUCACUGUGGAUCCUGAUCGGAAGCGUCAUCGGAGGUCUUCUCUUAUUAGCGCUGAUCAUCUUCAUCCUGUGGAAGUUGGGAUUUUUCACACGGAAGGUCCAGGGUGAGGAGAAGGAAGAAGCCGCCGCCGCUGAUGACAACCAGUGACCGCUCGCCGGUCCCCCUCCAACAGAGGCUAGAACUGUC